UGUGAGCAGCAGUGGCGGCGGCUGGGGGGAACCCGGAUGGGAAGGAGGGAGGGGGAGGCUGGGAGGCGGGGCAGAGAGGAAAGAAAGAAAGGAGAGUGAGGACCCGGAUGCUGAACCGGAUUGUGUAUGAAUUUUCCAUCCCCUAGCUUUAAGCGGGGAGGAGGAGGAAGGGUUGGCCUAAUGCGGCGGAAGGGAGCAUCUGAGCGAGGAGGAAGCAGAAACCUCACCGUUUCUCUCCCUCCGGACUCUGUGCUAGCACUGUAGACGUUUGCAGUUCUCUGCCCAGCCGCUGUGGAAAAUCGGUCUCGAAGUGAUAGAAAUUCCCUGCUUAUAUCAGGCUCUUUGAGAUCCGUCGUCUUUCUCCCGGAGUAUGAGUGGAAGGAUUCAGGGUGCGCUUCACAUUUGUAUGUCUCUGUUUAGCCAUUCUCAAACCAGGCCCUUCCCUUUGAAAAGAUAAGUCGUUUGCAUGGGAUGUUCGCUUUUUAGACGCAAGGUUGUUGCCCUGGUUUCAUCGUCCAACGCGUUAGAAGGCGCUUUCUUUUUUUCAUGGCUGCUGAGCGCCGACCACUGGGGUGGCCUCUGCCUUCGUAGACCUGCGCCUGGCGAGACGGACAGAUGCUGAACAAAACAAUGUGAAAUUACCGCAGUGGCAGUGCCCCAGAGGAGAGUUCCGCGGUGAUAGGACAAUGUGAGGGAAUUUGGCUUAUUUAGGGAGGGAAAGGAAGGGUUUCUGAGCAAGUGAGGAUCGAGCUGAGAGCUGAAGGGCUAGCAGGAGUUAACUAAGGAAAGGACAUUCCAGAAAAAAAGACUAACUUGUCGGAAAGCCCUGUGGCGGAAGGGAGCUUUUCCGGUGUGAAGAACUGAGCCUGGAGAGAGGAGAUGAGGGGGAGUGUGGAACCUUAUAGACUUUGUGAAGGAGUUUUGUUUUUGUCCUAAUAGCAAUGGGAUAUCUUCCAAGGAAUCUCAGUUAGAAGGGAGAGAUGACUCCGAUUGGAAUGUCACCCUGGCUGAAGAGUAGAGGAUGCGAAAAAAAGAAGAGUUAAAGAGGCAAAUACAGGGAGCCCGACGAGGAGGCUAUUGCCGUAGUAGUUCACAUGGUGACAGGAAUGGAGCGUUUGUGAUAAUAAUUAUGGAUUCACCCUUUGAACAAAUUUCUGGCAGCUUUUUAGUUUUGAAAGUGAGAAGUUUCAGACUCUCACUGAGAUUGGCUUUGAAGUUUAAAUCCAAUGGAGAAGACUCAAGAAACAGUCCAAAGAAUUCUUCUAGAACCGUAUAAAUACUUACUUCAGUUACCAGGUAAACAAGUGAGAACCAAACUUUCACAGGCAUUUAAUCAUUGGCUGAAAGUUCCAGAGGACAAGCUACAGAUUAUUAUUGAAGUGACAGAAAUGUUGCAUAAUGCCAGUUUACUCAUCGAUGAUAUUGAAGACAACUCAAAACUCCGACGUGGCUUUCCAGUGGCCCACAGCAUCUAUGGAAUCCCGUCUGUCAUCAAUUCUGCAAAUUACGUAUAUUUCCUUGGCUUGGAGAAAGUCUUAACCCUUGAUCACCCAGAUGCAGUGAAGCUUUUUACGCGCCAGCUUUUGGAACUCCAUCAGGGACAAGGCCUAGAUAUUUACUGGAGGGAUAAUUACACUUGUCCCACUGAAGAAGAAUAUAAAGCUAUGGUGCUGCAGAAAACAGGUGGACUAUUUGGAUUAGCAGUAGGUCUCAUGCAGUUGUUCUCUGAUUACAAGGAAGAUUUAAAACCACUUCUUAAUACACUUGGGCUCUUUUUCCAAAUUAGGGAUGAUUAUGCUAAUCUGCACUCCAAAGAAUAUAGUGAAAACAAAAGUUUUUGUGAAGAUCUAACAGAGGGAAAGUUCUCAUUUCCUACUAUUCAUGCUAUUUGGUCGAGGCCUGAAAGUACCCAGGUGCAGAAUAUCUUGCGCCAGAGAACAGAAAACAUAGAUAUUAAAAAAUACUGUGUACAUUAUCUUGAGGAUGUAGGUUCUUUUGAAUACACUCGUAAUACUCUUAGAGAGCUUGAAUCUAAAGCCUAUAAACAGAUUGACGCACGUGGUGGGAACCCUGAGCUAGUAGCCCUAAUAAAGCACUUAAGUAAGAUGUUCAAAGAAGAAAAUGAAUAAUGUUAAGCCAUUCUUGAUUGGGCCUCAUAGCUUAUUUUAGUCAAUUUUUUUGUCUUUUAGCCUUAACCACCUUUAAAAAAAUUUGUUAUUCUCCAGGAACAGAAUAAAUAGGUGAAUAGGGGUGAUGCAAGUGAAUUCGUUUUCAUUUAGAAGCCCCUCUGUACAGAUAAUCAAAAUUCAAAGUUGAAAGAAUCAAAAGAAGCCACAGUUAUGUAGGUCUGAUUUGAAUGUCAUAAUUGCAGUGACAGGACAUUACCACCAGCUCUACCCUACUAUCAUCAAUGUUGUGUUUAUUCCAUCAAUAAAAAAGACUCGCUUCCAGGAA